AUCACGGCUACAACAGACGACACUGUAAACAAGAAAUGGCAUUCGAAAGUGUACGUGGCAUCUUUAUUCGAUCAGUUGUCUAACGAACAAGGAAAGAAAUGGAAUACGCUUGGUUAUGUAUCGUGUUAUCGCGUAGAAGAUGAAAAUCGUCGAGGGAAAGGUAGUCGCAUUGGGAUCACAGGCUGUUCAUAAUACUGUUUAAUAGAAAAUCGUUACGUCGUCGAUGGUUAGGUUAACUCGCAAACCAUUGUAUAGACAUGUGCAUGUACAAGUACUGUAUGUAUAACUAUUUAUGUCUUUGUUAAACGUGUCUACCCGUAAGCGCAGGCGUGUAAAGCGGAACUGAAUAAUUUUCUAAAUUAUCGUGUUGUUAGUAAAAUGUAGGGGUUGGAAAAACAAGUAUGAUUAUCCGUUACGUUGGAAAAGCAUUUAACGAACACGUCGAUCCUACGAUAGGUGCAUCGUUCUUUACGUGUAAAUUGAACGUGGAAAACGUGAAAAUAAUGUUACAGGUCUGGGACACAGCAGGGCAAGAAAGAUUCAGAUCAAUGGCACCUAUGUACUAUCGAAACGCCAACGCGGCUAUGUUAGUGUUCGAUUUGACCCAGUACAACACGUUCGCGGCAAUGAAAGGAUGGGUAACCGAACUUCGUAGAAACGUCGAGGAUGCUAUGGUGUUGGCCGUAAUCGGAAAUAAGUCGGAUUUGAUAAAAGAACGGCAGGUCGACGCCGAAGAGGGUAGAGUUUACGCGACGAAUAUCGGUGCGAGUUAUCACGAAACAUCGGUGCUUCAAGACGAAGGGAUCGAAAACGUAUUUUUAGAUAUCGGUAUGGGACUUCUCAGGCUAGCUUCGACCGAACAGGAUUCCAUGUCCAUCAAAAUAUACGAAUCAACCAAUCCGAUUUGGAACGGUACAGCCGCGUCCGUUACGCCCUCUUCCGAGGAGUGCUCUGAAAAUCUUGGCGUCCCCGAAAGACCGCAUACGUGUUGCUAGUCUCGUACUCUUUUGUUCCGUUCUUUGUUUCUCGUUUUUUCCCCUUGCAUAUGCCCUUUAACCACGCGCGCGACUUCGCAAUGCGAAUAGUAACAUCGAACGUCUUCCAUAAAUUUUUAUAAAAAAAAUUAUUAUAAUUACUUUAGUUUCGUGUAUUCGAUACUUUCGCAAUGUUUUUAAUAAAAAUGAAAAAUAUUUGC